AUCAUUCUUGAUUGUUAGGGUUAGUAUUAAUAAUCCGUUGCCGUGUCAAAGAAGUAUGUUCGAAAUUAGGGGGAAAAUAGCUUUGGUAACCGGUGGCGUCUCGGGAAUAGGAUUAGCAAUAUCCCAAGAACUAUUGAGGAAUGGAUUAAAGGCGAUAAUUUUGGUGGACGUAAACGAGAUUUUGGGGCAGAAGGUAACGGGAGAAAUGAAGGAGGAGUUUGGCAGUGACAAGGUACUGUUUUUGAAAGCCGAUGUUAGAAAAAAGGACAGCCUUGACGAAGCGUUCAAUUUUGUUGUUCGAACUUUCGAGAACUUAGAUAUCGUUAUCAAUGCGGCGGGUAUACUAAAAGAGGCGAAAAUCGAAGACACAAUCGACACUAAUUUGAAUGGAACUAUUUAUGGAACUCUCUUAGCUUUUGAAGAGUACUUGCCGAAGUACAAAAAAGGUACCGAGGGUGUAAUUUUGAACAUUGCAUCAACGGCCGGUUUGGAGCCGUUGGAUUGCGCACCCGUUUAUUCCUGCACUAAAUGGGCGGUCGUCGGUUUUACUCGUUGCCUUGGCACUGAAAGACACUAUAAGAGAAAUAACAUUAAAGUUCUUGCACUAUGUCCUGGAUUUACUAAUACUACUAUACUCACUUUGGGCGAGGACAAAUUUCUAAACUCCAAUUAUCAAAAAUUUUUUGAAUCUACAAUUACGUCUGUAAUUUUGCAACCGACAAGUCACGUAGCAAAGGCGGCCAUGUUGGCUAUUUCCCAAGGUGUAAGUGGAUCGACGUGGGUGGUUAAAGAUAAUGAGCCAGUUUAUGAAGCAAAAUUUGAAGACAGAAAACUAUUUCCAGUAUGAAAACAUAAAAUAUUUAAAUAUAUAGCAAACAUAUAGACAUACGAGGAAUUUAGUAGCAAUUUA